CGUGAGGCCGCCGGGGAGAGGGGUCAGCCCAGCGUCCCACGGCCUGGACGCGCGGGGCGUGAGGGCGCUGCAGCAGCUGCAGAGCUAGAACCGCGCGAGGAGAGCUCAGCGGACGCGCGGACAGACAGACGCACCCGGAGACAGACGCUGCGCCCCGUGCCCGCCCCUGGCCGGGAACAUCCGCGGUGCCCGGCCCCAGACCGCCACCGGCUCCGCCAUGCGCUCCGCCGCCGUCCUGGCGCUCCUGCUCUGCGCGGGGCAAGCCGUCGCCCUCCCGGUGGCCAGCCUGAUGAGUAAAGGGGAUACUGAGGUGAUGGAGUGCAUCGUGGAGGUCAUCACGGACACGCUGUCCCAGCCCAGCCCCAUGCCCAUCAGUCACCAGUGCUUUGAGACCCUCCGAGGAGAUGAGCGGAUCCUCUCCAUCCUGCGGCACCAGAACUUACUGAAGGAGCUCCAAGACCUCGCCCUGCAAGGUGCCAAGGAGCGGGCCCACCCACAGAAGCAGCACGUGGGGUUCCAGAAUGAACUCUCCGAAGUCCUGGAGAGCCAGGGGGACAAGACUGAGCCGGAGGAGGCCCUGAGAGAGGCACCCUCCAAGGACGAGGUGGAGAAAAGGGGCCCUAAAGAGGCGGAGAACCACGGUGCUCCACCCCCAGCACCCAGGCAGGAGUCUGAGAUGGAGAACCAGCAGGCCCCUGAGGAGGAGGAGGAGGAAGAGGAGGAGGCCGCGAACACCCACCCCCCAGUCAACCCCCCUGGGCAGAAUCCCCCAGGAUCUCAGGCCGAUGGGACACCUGAGAGCCCCUCACAGGACAGAGCGAAGAUCCAGGAUGCAGGGCACCAGGCAAAGGUCGAGGAGGAGGAAGAGGUGGCGGAGGCUGGAGAGAAGGCUGACUCUCAGGAGGAAGGCCCCACCUCGGCGCUGAACCCCGACUCAAGCCCCAGCUCCAAGGAGACUCCGAGGGGCAUGACUCCAGAUGGGGCCAUGGAGAGAGCCGGGAAGCCUGAGGCUGAGCAGGCUCAGCCCUCUCAGGGGAAGGGGCAGCAGGAAGACUCCCCUGAGGAAGAACAGAUAGCAGGGACCCCCGAAGGCCUCCCCCGGGCUGGGAAGAGCGGGGAGCAGGAGGGGCUGCGCUCCAGCGAGUGGGAAGAGGCCGAGCAGGAAGAGGCCAAGCGGUGGAGCAAGAUGGACCAGCUGGCCAAGGAGCUGACAGCCGAGAAGCGGCUGGUGGGGGAGGACUCAGCGGACUCGGACCCAGACCGCUCCAUGAAGCAGCUCUCCUUCCGGACCCGGACCUACGGCUUCAGGGGCCCUGGGCCCCAGCUGCGCCGAGGCUGGAGACCGGCAUCCGAGGAAGACAGUGUGGAGGCAGGCCUGCCCCUCCCGGGCCGAGGCUACCCAGAGGAGAAGAAGGAGGAGGAGGGCAGUGCCAACCGCAGACCCGAGGACCAGGAGCUGGAGAGCCUGUCGGCCAUUGAGGCAGAGCUGGACAAGGUGGCCCACCAGUUGCAGGCACUGCGGCGGGGCUGAGGUGGCUGCUGUGCGGUCCUGACUGCGGGCCCCUCGCAGGUCCUGGCCAGACAGCUCCGGCACCGGACCCUGCCCCUCUGCAGAGUGACCCUCCCACGACUUUGAGCACCUCAACUCUCUGGGCACAGGCAGCUUUCUGCAAGUGCCUCUCCUCCCCGCUCCCACCCAGGUCCACUGAACACUGCAAAGACGGUGGCUUCCUGAGAGCCAGCUAACACUGUCUACACAAAACCCGUCUGCGGAAAAUAAAUCUGCUCGGGGCUC